UGCUUCUCCCGUACACGAUUCGGUACGUUUCCCUUUUCAGCGGCAACAAUCCGCGGCCGCAGCGCGCGGCGCCGGCCGAAAACCCCAACAGUGCCCACGAGCACUACGGGAGCCCCACGACUGGCAGAAGUUCUCCCCAUCGCCGCCAUGGCGCAGGAUCACCGGACUAUCAAGGUGGCGAGGGAUGAAGAUUUGCGGUCGCAGAUUGGGAGCGGGGGCUUCUAUUUUGAUCUCGUCGACUUCGACAGAGUGCGGGCUUUCCAGGUCCCGGUUGACACCACCGUGAUCCUUUUCAUGGAGGAACUCGCAAAAGAACUUGGUACCCCUGUUAAGUUUCAACGCCUCUGGUUGUGCCAGCGACGGCAAAACGGGACACGUCGCCCUAGCAGGCCAUUGAAUUCCAAAGAAAAGAAACUAUCUAUCGGAAGGGUUUUUUCAGCUGAUGUGAAGCUGUUUUUGGAGGUGUUCAAUCCUUGUUCUCCACGAAAUCUAAACAGGGAAUAUCUAUUGGUGUUUUUAAAGUUCUAUGACCCAGAACAAACACAGCUACGAUAUAUCGGAACACUGUUUGUGAGUUGUUCAUCAAGGCCUUUAGAUAUUCUCCCAAAACUAAGAAGUUUAGCUGGUUUUUGUGCAGACGAGGAAAUAGAAUUGUAUGAGGAAAUCAAAUUCGAACCAAAUGUGAUGUGUGAAGCCUUAGACAUUCAUCAUACCUUUACAGUCAACCAGAUUGAAAAUGGGGACAUCAUCUGCUUCCAGAAAAGACCCAAGUCAUGCAACCAGCAUUUAUACCCUUCUGUUAAAUUGUUCCUCGAACAUGUUCAUAAACUGACGAAAGAAGGAAGGAAGAUAUGUGCUCUAGAAGAGGAGAUUGUUGAAUUCAGACGUCUUUCUGAUCUUAAUAUAGCGGCAAACUUGGAAUGUACUCAGUUGAGACAUGAACGAGACAAUGCAAUACUACAGGUGGAUGAGUUUCGGGGUCAGAAUGAUUUAGUUCGCCUUCAAAUAGAAGAGGCAAAAAAAGAGUGUGACCAGUUGAGACAUGAACUAGACAAUGCAAUGCGACAGGUGGAUGAGUUUCGCGGUCAGAAUGAUUUAGUUCGCCUUCAAAUAGAAGAGUCAAAAAAAGAGUGUAACCAGUUGAGACAUGAACGAGACAAUGCAGUGCGACAGAUAGAUGCAUUACUGAAUCAGAAUACUGUGGGUCGCAUCCAAAUAGAAGAGGCAAAAAUGGAAUGUAGUCAGUUAAAGCAUGAACGAGAUAAUGCAGUUCGACAGGUGGAUGAAUUAUGGGAUAGGAACUCUCAAUUUAUUCUCGAGUUCCGCUUUACAUGUUUGGAACAAGCAACAGAACAUUUCAAGGACCUGUGCAAGAUCGGGGACACUGAAUAUGGAUGUGUGUAUAAAGGCAUUAUAAACAACACUACGGUAGCAAUCAAGCUGUCCAAAUCCGAGAGUUUGUUUCAACAAGAGGUCUCUGUUCUUCGUCAAGGAGGGAGACAUGCAAACAUUGUCACCUUUGUUGGAAUGUGCUCUGAAGUUUCGGCUCUUGUGUACGAGUGGUUACCUAAGGGAAACCUUGAAGACCGCAUUCUGUGUGCCGAUGACACUCCACCUCUAUCAUGGCACAUCCGUACACAGAUCAUCCGUGAGGUUUGCUGUGCACUACUCUUCCUUCAUUCACACAAGCCUAAUGCCUCGGUCCACGGCGAUCUCCGGCCUUGCAACAUCCUCAUCGGUGCUGACUACAGAAGCAAGCUCUACAACUUUGGUAUGUCCACCUUAUUUCUCCAGCCUGGCAGCUGUCCACCAAACCUAACAUCAAGGCUUCCGUACACGGAUCCGGAGUUCCUCACCAUUGGGGACCUCACACCCCUUUCUGAUGUCUACUCACUGGGUGUUAUUAUCCUUCGCCUUUUGACUGGAAUGCCCCCUUUGGCUAUCACAAAGAAAGUUAGAGAAGCAUUUCGAAGUGAUAACCUGCAUUUGCUGAUAGAUAAAUCAGCCGGGGACUGGCCUUACACACAAGCCAAGCAGUUAGCACUCCUUGGCCUUAGGUGUGUGGAAAUGACGAGGGAAAAGCGGCCUGAUCUGACUGAGGUUUGGACCGUUGUUGAGGCCCUGGUCAGAAAGCCUCCUGCACCCUCAUGCCCUGCCCACUUCAUUUGUCCAAUCCUCCAGGAGAUCAUGAACGAUCCUCAAAUGGCAUCUGAUGGGUUCACCUAUGAAGCGGAAGCCAUAAGACGCUGGCUAGAUGGCGGGAGCAAUAGGUCUCCAAUGACGAAUUUGGCACUUCCAAAUCGUGUUCUCAUCCCUAAUCGCGCCCUCCGUUCUUCCAUCCAGGAGUACCUUCAGGCGUCAGUAGCGAAGGCAGUCAGCUCCCUGAACCUUAAUCUAUGAUGAUGCUUAUUUGCCGCAUAGCAUCUUGUAAAUGUCGUGGCCACUUUCUGUAGUGAAUUUGCAUUUUAGGCGGAACAAGGGAAUUUGUUUGGGAAACGGGAGGCAUGAUGUGCAACUAAUUUUUCUACUCCCUCCGAAAUCGGAGGAAUAGAUUAUGGCAGAGGAAACUGAAAGAUUUAGAAGUUGAAAUAGUAACAUUUGUUUGUGUGAUCACAUCAUUAACAAAAUGCAUAUUUUUAUUAUUA